GUUAGUAUUUAGUGGGGCUGACUUUUUCAGUAACUGUUUAAGAUUUCGUAUCAGUUUGAGAUUAGAGGAAAUUAUUGAUUUAUUAUCUCGAGACCAAGACAGCAGUUCAAUGCAAAUUAGUCAUACAUAAUUAAAUCAGACAACACUGUAAUUACGCACGCGGUUGCUUAUAAUUAACACCAAAAAAAAUAAUUAUGAUAUCUGACGGUUGUAGACCUUCCUCUCUUGUAAUCUCAAUGGCUAUAGUUUAUUGCAUGUACCCGCCAGUAUAAAAUAUCGUCUCUGUGAUCCAAAAAGCUUCUUCUCUUUCCGUUUUCUUUCUUGAUCUUUAUUGUUUUAUCUUCUAUUUAUAAAUCUUGGGCCAUAGUGAAGAAUAAAUCAGAGGUUGGAUCAACAACGUGGGUUUGUGGGUUUUCUCAGAAACCUUGAAUAACUUCUUAUUCACUCUUCCUAUAUCUCAAGGAUCAUGUGAUCAGGAGAUAAAAUGAAAGAGAUACGAAGCUAGUUAAAAGAAGAAACAUUGUGAAAAGUUUAUUUGAGGUAAUUCUGAUUUUUCCCCUUUUUUGAUAGAUGAUUUGAUUCAGUUAAUAUCUGAUUGACAUGGAUUGAUAUUGACAGAUUUUUACAUCAUUUAUGAUGAUAUAUAUUUUGUUUUCUUUUGGAACAUGAUGAUCUUCUCCUUUAAAAUACUGGAAAAAAAUGAAAGUUUCUCUACUCCCAAACAGAUCUGUAAUUGAAAAAAGCUUUUGAAAGUCGUACGGUCGCCAUCAUCUUGAUUAAUUCAGGCUUUUCAAGAAAGAGAGACAAACAUGGCGUCUUCAAGCUCAAGCUCACCAUGUGCAGCUUGUAAAUUCCUUAGGAGAAAAUGCACACAAGAAUGUGUAUUCGCUCCAUAUUUCCCACCAGACCAACCUCACAAAUUCGCAUACGUUCACAAAAUAUUCGGAGCAAGUAACGUCGCUAAGCUUCUCAACGACCUCGCCUCUAACCAAAGAGAAGACGCCGUUAACUCUCUUUUCUAUGAAGCCGAAGCUCGACUUCGCGACCCGGUUUACGGUUGCGUCGGUUUAAUCUCAAUCCUUCAACAUCGCCUUAAACAGCUUCAACACGAUCUUGACAACGCCAAGAAAGAACUCGCUGCUUACGCUGCUCCUAAUGCUAUGCUUCCUAUGCAUCAUCCUCAACCGCAUUUUAUGUCUCUACCGCCGCAACCGCAGCGACCGUCUUCUGCUUCUUCUUCAGCGUCUGUGCUGACUCAGCAGCAGCAGCAUCAUAACUUGUUGCCAGUGUUGGCUAUUCCAACUGAGCAACUACUGUACCAUCAGCAACAUAUUUUCGAGGCUCAGCAAUUAGCAGCGGUUAAUUCGGUUUCCAGAGACCAACUAAAUGAAAUGUUUAGAGCGUACGGAGGAGGAAGUAAUAGUCCACAUCAUCACCAUAACCAACCUCAAUUUGAUAUUUUGAGGUUCAAUAGUGGAUUUGGCUCUGUACCGACGGGUUCGGUUACAGUAACCGGGUUUAAUCAAUUAAGCUCCAGCGGUACAACCAUAACCGGAAUGUCACCGUCUUUGGCUCUUGGUGAUAGCUUUGUUGAUAGUCCUUCAACUAAUGAUAAUUAUCAUAGGGAUCAACAAUUACAACAUCAACAAUCUUCUCAACCGCUACCGCUUCAAACGCAGGAGACUCAGACGCGUCCGAAUUCAAAGAGCGAGGAGGGUAGAGGGAAUAUCAUUGGUUCAUCUCGGUAAUUAACCAAAAAAUAAAAAGAGAUUAAAAAUAAUAAUACGGCCUUUGACCUUCUCGCUUGCUCAGUAACCUCAGUUAAAGGUACGUGGAAACAAAAUAGUUCGAAUGUUAAUUUUCCAACUAUUAAUAUUUAGGGUUCCUAUUUUAUCUUCUCUGCAUCUUUGAUUGAUCGUUAAUUCGUUAUGGUAUAGUACAGUUACAGUGGUACAUAAGAGGUUUCGCUUUAUGUAUGCAACAUUUAAUGAAAUAGCCUUGUCAUUUCUUCAAUAACUCUUCUUGUACUUCUAGCCUUUAUAGCUCAUUUUAAUAAAACUUCCUUUUUGUUAGAUUCCUUGAACAAUAAUGCAUUAAUUAACCUAGUUAUUAAACCUUUAUAAAAUUCAUGGUGGGACGCCAAAUCAUUUCACCGAUUAUUUACGACAGUAUUUUUUUCGUUUCAUAAUACUCCAGUUUUUAAAAAAUUGCAUAUUCUAUACUUUUCAUAUAUAUUAAGAAAACUCAUUAAAUAUGCAUUAUUUUUUAU